AUGAAAAAAGCCAAAUCGUUCCAUUUGUUCAACUUGUUGAGAGAGUUGGAAAAUCUUGAAGAUGAAGAUGGAUCUUCAUCGAAUACCAAAUUGAAAAUGUCUCAAAUUGAUUUCAUGAAUAUGGUCAAUCUUUCAAGAUCUCAAAAAACCACAUUGAAUUUGUCUGGAAUGGAUUUGAGAAGUUUGGUCAUGCAAAACAUGAAUUUGAGUCACUGUGAAAUCAUUCGCUCAAAUUUCAGCAAGAUGAAUUUGAAAGAUCUCAAAAUCAACAAUUCUCGUUUGAACGGAUGCAACUUUUCAGGAUGUGAUUUGACGAAUGUUGAUUUCUCAAAUUGUGAUUUGAGAGAUUCCAAUUUUUGUGGUGCCAAAUUGAACUCAACCAAUUUCACAAAAGCCAAUCUUGAAGGUUGUUUGUUUGAUAAGAACACAAAAUUCAUCUCAACCAAAUUGGAAGGUGUUGAGUUGACUAAUGCAUCAUUGAAAGGAGUGAAAUUAGAACAUUGUAAUCUCACUGGGUGUGACAUUCAGAACGCUAACACUCAAGGAAUGAAAAUUUCAAAUUGUCAAUCGGAGAAUGUAUUCAGUUCUAGCAAUAUAUUGAAUUCAGCACAAGUGUAA